CAGUUCUUAAAUUAGUUCAUUUGUGCAAUUGUUGCUAUAUCAGGACUAGGCGCUUGGUGAAGGAACGAGGAUACUUGUGUGAAAUAUGAAAAGCUAACACUUGGUGGCAAGCUAGAGGAAGGACUGCCAAUUCCUCUGACUAGGAACUGAGCUAGAAACUGGGCUAAACUUGUGGUGCUUCAUAUCUUUUUGAGGCAUCGAGAACAAUAUAAAUACUAGAGACCUCAUGAGAGGUCCUUCAAUUUGGAGUUGCAUAUUUCUGUUGAAUUUUUUUAUUUAACUAAUCUUUGUAAUACCUCGUAUGCCUGUGCAUGCGCCACCAAUGGUGCAAACGGUGGAAACAGUUGGAAUGGAUACCUCGGAGGAUGUACUGCUUGCCAAUCAGGCCUUGUGGCUACAGAGACAGCACCAGUUAGCAUGUCUGCAGAAGGGGAAACUAAAACGCCAGGUUGUCAGCAGGUCUCGGAAUGCAUCAAAUUUUUAUCCCCGAAUAGUGACCCCGGAUGACGUAAUCACCAUGGCAACAGAUCCCCAGCAGCACCAGCAGGAGAUGGCCGCCAUGCAGAAUCGUAUCCCUGUCACAUUCCGCGACCCCACGUGUGCGCCUUUACGAAAGCUCAGCGUGGAUUUGAUCAAGACAUAUAAGCACAUAAAUGAGGUGUAUUAUGCAAAGAAAAAACGAAGGGCUCAACAGGCUCAAGGUGACGACACAAGUCACAAAAAAGAGCGUCGUCUCUACAACGAUGGUUACGAUGACGACAACCAUGACUAUAUCGUCAAACCUGGGGAGAAGUGGAUGGACAGAUAUGAAAUUGACUCACUUAUAGGGAAAGGUUCAUUUGGUCAGGGUGCGCCACCACAGAUGAUGUCACAGGAUUUACACCAGCAGCCCCGCGUGUCUUCCCCACUGAUGAAAGUAGACUUUAACGCUAUUAACUCCACUACGGAGUUGAAUGCACUUGGCGGUGGUGGGCCGCAGCAGUUUAUUGGAUUAGACACAGCAGCCCAAGGGGGCACUACCGGUAUGAACAUGCAGAUUCCUGCAGCGGGUUUCAAUCCUGCAUAUAGCUAUAACCAUCAGACUCUGUUCUCAGGGCCAGGUUUCCCAUUCACGCUAGCAACAACGUCGAGUACAGGGAACACAGAAGCUGUGCCCCAUAAUGCUCGGACUGUAGGUGGCAGUGGCGAGGACUCUCCUAUGGUUGGAGUCUGUGUUCAACAAUCCCCUGUGGCCAGCCAUUAA